UAGAACAAUCUAAUUAAACAUAACACAAGUUAUGUACCACCCAUAUCUUUGGAAGAUGAUAACAAUUUGCAUAAUGUGCAUUGCAGGGCUAAGACUUGAGAUAGUAUGCACUCCUGCACACGAGGUUGUUCAACUCAACAAGGCGGCAGGAACAACACAUGUCAGCCUGAACAGGGAGAUAGCCGCCCAAAAGCUAGACAUACGUGAGGAGAUGGAGCAGGCAACAAUCAAUCUAAACGUUACACAAACACAAGAUGGGCUUAGUACACAACCACAGAGAAAAAGGACCGUUAAGCCAGGGAGGGCUGCACGAUCCCCUUUCGUCCUAGGCAAUUGGGUUAUCAGCACGCAGCCAAAAUACCUGGAGCUCACGGCUGAUCGUAUCAGGAUGAACCUGUCCGAAGGAGGUGUAAUAGAGAAUGAUUUGAUGACAGUAGCAGUUAGAAGAUACCAGCAAAUGGACUUUAUCUUUGCAUUGGACAAAGAUGAAGGUUGCUGGCGACAUUGGCUAGAGCCAGACUUUGUGAACCAUGUGAGUAGAGGAGACGUGAUCGUGAGGUACGUCCGGGAUAUGUUAAUCGGGGAACAUAUUAAUUAUGACGUGCACAGAUGCACAGAGUUCAUACUGCCUGUGAAGUUCAACUUCACAUGGUCGACAUACAUAUGGGAUUUUCCAAAAAAGAGGAUAAUUGUCCUUGACCCAACCAUUAACAAUGGGGACGAGUCUGACAAAGUAAUCCAGAACAGGCACCGUAAGGUUGCAGAUAACCUUCAUGUUGCAUUGCAAAGCUGCAUUCAACAAUUCUUUCAAGGUUGGGCUCCAGACAUGGCAAGAUGGAAUACAGUUUCCCCGAAAGGGCUCAAUGUUGGCCUAUGCAACGGGUAA